AAGAGGAGGAGGACGGAAAGAAGCGAGAAAGAGAGAACGAGAGAGGGAGGGAUUAGGUUAGACUGAACUCGCGUCACCCCGUCUCCGCGCUCCCCUCGCUGCGGCAUCGGAGCGCUCCAUCUCGCUUUGACGUGCACACCCGUCUUUCCAUCUGAUCCAUACGCGCCUGGGAGACCAAGGGAGAGAAAAAGAGGGUAAGACAGUACACGGCUGGAAAUCCGAGGAAAAGCUGGAGAAAAGCACGAAUGCCGAUCGCCGGUGGAAUGCUGCUGCUCCCUGAAUCGGCUUCCCACUGCGCACCUCCCGUCACUGGCAUGCGACGUCUCAUCGAUAGACUUUCAGGAAAGCGGCGGCACGUGCGCCAGAGUUCUGGCCCAGGUGGUGGAGCCCGUGGUGCUGUGGAGAAAACGCAAGAAGGAGAAGUUGACGAUAGAGGAUAUGGAGGGAUAAGAGUCCGAGAGAUUAGCCCGCCAGGGACGAUGACGAAGGGUGGCAAAAUCUGGUGUGACGACAGCGGUAUUACCAACCGCCAUUAUCAUUCACCGCCUUACCUCCACCAUCUUUGUUACCGUAAUCAUUGUCAUCCGUCGCGUCGAUGGUAUCACCAUCGAAGGGACACCGACGACGAGAACGAUAACAACAGCGGCGAUAACGGCGAUGACGACGACGAUGACGAUGACAACGACAACGACGACGACGACGACGACGACGACGAUAGUGGUGAUGACGAAAACAAUGACGACGACGUUGCGGACGAGGACGACGACGACGAUCACCACCACGAUGACCACGACGAGACGUGUCUUGAACGUCUUCAUCCUUGCCUUCAUCAACGAUUCUACGAUCGGCGAUCUUGCAGGAGCAGCGACGUUAUUAACUCGGCUCGCGUCGACGCCGAUCAUGUCGAGGUCCAUCAAACCGAGACGACGACCGUACAUUCUUUCGUACGAACUUCGCCUACUACAACCACGACAGCCAACACCACUACUACCAUCGCUAACCCCUCUAUCGUCACUGCCAUGACGAGAAGAUGCAAAAGUCCACCCUACUUUGCGACGAUAUUACUCCUUUCCUAUACUCUCUUUUCUAUAGCAGAUGCCUGUUCGUCGCGCUCGACGCCAAAACCAAGGCCACCGACACCAACGGAUCGGCCGAACAUCACAUUCCACAUGUACACGUGUCCGCAGGAUUACGCAGAUUGGUAUUGCUUGAACGGCGCCACGUGUUUCACCAUUAAAAUUGUCGAGUCCCCCCUGUACAACUGUUUAUGCGCGAAUGGAUUUAUCGGACAGAGAUGCGAAUUUAAAGAUUUGGAUGGUUCCUAUUUGCCCUUACGGCAACGAGUAAUGCUGGAGACAGCCAGCAUCGCCGGUGGUGCCACAAUAGCAGUAUUCCUCGUCGUUAUCAUUUGUAUAGCGGCUUACAUUCAUUAUAAGCGAAAGCAAAAGGAAUUGCGGUCGAGCAGUAACGUCGACACGGUAGACGGUCCUGAUCGAGAUCCAGAGUUAAGGCCAUUUAGCAAUCGCAGUCGCUCUCUAAUGAUCUUUAUGGCCAAGAAUCCAAACAGCUCGGCCACAAUAGAACAGACGAGAAUGCCGAACUGGAAUUGCUCAGAAGCGGAAUCAACAAGGAUGACGUCCAUCAGCGAAAGCAAGCGUCCGAGUCAAUAGCGAACUACGUGACGCGUCGUCCACGUACGACGCGUUCCGCUGCAACGAUUCGGCAACACGCGAAACAUACGAAAUAUCGUCGAAUAAAUCGAUAAUAGCUCGAGAUAUAGAUCUCGAGAUAGCAGCGGCCUUUAGUAAUAGCCUUUAGUAGCGAACUUGUUGAACUGCAAUAUCCAUUUGAUUUGAAACAUCUUAACGCGGCGCUGAGAAAACAAAGCGAAUCAAGUACAUUGAGUACUUGAUUUCCGAGCUAAUGACACAUGUACCGAGACGACGCAUGUCAGCUCUUUUCGAUUCUUGUGUCGAAACAUUCCCGUAUUGCCGCUCGAGUUCCCCGGAUAUGAGGGAACGUUCGAAGGGACGUUCGACGCUCGUCAGUUAUAUCGCGUGUAUUCCUUCCAACGAGUAUCUAUCUCAAUGAUUCAUCUGCAGAACAAAUCUUUCAUUUAGGGAAUAAAAGAACAAAAAGAAAUGACAAACACAAACCUCGCAAACAAAAGAUGUGAUGUUCGAAAAUGAAACAUUUCCGUAUGUAUUAUUUUUUGAAGGUGACAGGAAUAUUGUCUUCGUGCAAAUUAGUUAGUAUCGCGUUUCAUUGUCGCAAGUCGCAAGUCAUUAUCAACAAAGAAAGAAAAGAAAAACAAAAGAGAAAGAUACAUGCAUCACGGUUGCAAAAGUAGUGCCUUUCUACUCUCGUUUUUAAGAAAGCAAAAUAUGUAACUUUGAUACGUUUGAUCGAAAAAGAUCAAAUAGAACACCGCUCGUUUAUCUGUCUUAUAUCCGCGACGAGCGUCGUUCAAAGACGAAUCGCUGUGUUAUUAUGAGCGCAGGACGCUGACACACGCUAGUAACAAAUCUUCUUGUAAAACACGAAAUUAAUAGCUGAAUGUCGCUAAUAAUAGACAAGGUAAAACCUUUUGAUGCUUGGUACACAUUAUCCGUACUCGACAACAAACUCUGGUUCAUGAUUUUCAGCAUUCCGCAAUCUAUCCUCCCCGCUCCGCUCUGGUUGAUUAACGAUAUAUCACGAAUGAAUACAUUCUACGAUAUCUCGCGGCGCUCACCGCGAAUAUCUAAUAUGUACAUUGCGAUUUACUAGUUUGCAUUAUAUUCUUAAUAAUAAGUUCUUCCAAAAUAAUCUUUCUGAAUGCGUGAUUAAUCGUACCAUUAGUAUCAAAGGGUUAAUAAUGAACAUUGUGUCUUAUUAUAUAUGUAGAAGUUUCUAGAAUUUAAAUUUAAAUUAUAAAUCCGACGUCUUACCAGAAAGCAAUAGUUUCCUAAGCGCAUAUGAAAUACGUUUUGCCGCUCAAAAUAAAUAUGCUAUCUAUUUACUUACUAAUUGGUUUAAAAAACCUAUUGACGUCAGAUCGCCAUCUGACGUUGUAUUGUUACGUAUUGACAAAAUAUUUUUUCAACACGCUUCGCUCUUAAUGAAAUAUCGUUUAAUAAAUCUUAGGCAUAUGGUACAUACACGCAAUGACAUACUUGUAGUAAAUCAGUCUUUAUUUCUAUGUAUCCUAUAACUAAACAGUAAAAAUUAAAAAGCAGAAUAUAUCUCAGAGAAAGAGAGAGAGAGAGAGAAAAUAGAAAAACAAAUAUGCUAGAAAAAUUCAAUGACUUUAUAAGCGCAGCUCAUAAUUUACUAAUAAUAGAAAAAUUAAUAAUAUUUACUUUAUCUACUGUAUACUUUACAUGAAAGAAAGUUGAACAUUUCUGUCCAAUUUAUCUCCCAUAUUUAUCUUGUUUUUCAAAAAACUGAAAUGAAUGCGGAAUGAGAUAUGUAUCAUUCUGUUAGAUAUUAAUCCCAAUCAUUUUUUCAUUAAUACUUAUUCUAUAAUAUAUAUAAAAUAAAUAUAUCAGAAUUAUGGAAGAAAGUGCUAUAGUGCGCCCAAUCCUAUUGAUCAUGCAUUCAUUCUCGUUCUUUAUUUAUUUAUUUAUUUAUUUACAUAAAAAGUACUGGAAUUUUUUUUAUCUUCACAUUACCUACAAUCUACAUUGCUACAAGAUUUAUUCAAUAUUUUUUUCUACACAUCUUUUUGUUCGAAUUCUUUCAACUUUCAGAUUACGAUGAUAUGAUUUUUUAAACAGUAUUAAAAUGCAAUAGAAUGGGAUUAAUAUGUUUGCUUGGAGAUACCUCGAGGCUGGGCCUCUUUAUGUUUCAGCUUCUUGUAAAUAGUGAAUUAUUCUACCUUAAAAUAUAUAAUUCUGGAUCUCUUCGAUAAUAUCGACUACAAUAAAAAUAACAUUAUCAUCGACAACUACAUUGUACUACAUCCUAUCAUGGUACUUUGUUGUAUCACGCUAUGCUUUCAAAAAAUCCGAAAUACAUAUUUUUAUAAUUAUAUAAUUCGUCCAAAAUAUAUCGAACAGUGACAGAGAAAAUACUGAAAACAUUAAACGACAUGCUUCAAUAAUAAUUUGUAUAUUUGUAGAUACUCUCGAGUAUAAAAGAACACCUUUUCUAAA